CCCAACUUGUCUCCUGCCACAACCAGGAGGUCACCAUUAAAUCGGAACCCCCAGGAAAUGCUUCUUAUCCCUGCCCUUGCUGAACCCUUCUAGACUCUUCUAGAUUCUAGAGGGUAUUGCUUAGAACUCAGGACUCCAUCCCUCCCAGAUUCCACACCCAGCUGUUCCGGGAGAUGUAGGUUUCUCUCCGACCUAAGUUUCCCCAACCCCAUCCCGAGUACUCAAGGCUGAGAGAAAAGACACUUGCCCUGGACCCACCUCUAAGAAAUUUUUCCCAGGACUGGAGCUAGCCCAAGGAUGGGGUCAGGAUGCAACUCUGUCCUAUGGUCUUAGUCAAAGCCUGGGUCAGCUUCCAGUACCUAAAGUGCACCACGUCGGGAAGGUCUCCUUCUGGUAGAGAGUCACGCCCCCUUAGCUGCGGAAGAACCGCAGACCCCACCCUGGCCAUCCCCUUGAGGCGGGCUUUUCUGGAUGGCGCGGGCGGGCGGGCGGGCAGGCCUGGGCUAGGAACUCGGGCUGGGCUAGUGGGGAAGCCCCGGGCUGCGGGACCGGGACCAGAGUAGCACUCAAAGGUCCCAGGCGGUACAGACCGCCAUGGAGCCACUGCCACGGGGAUACAUGAAGGAGGCUCUCUUGCUGCUACUGCUGCUGCUGCCCGCGGGCCAGGGCCAGGGCAGCCCUCCUGGCCCGUGUGAGUGUGCCAGUGACUCACAGAAGAGGUAUGGCCGGUUUUGUUGCAGGGGCUGCCCAAAAGGACACUACAUGAAGGCCCGCUGCACGGAGCCCUGUGGCAACUCCACCUGCCUUCCCUGUCCUCAGGGCACCUUCUUAACCUGGGGAAACCACUUUAAGACUGACUGUACCCGCUGCCAAGCCUGCGAUGAAGGGGCUUUUCAAGUGACCCUGGAGAACUGUUCAGCCGUGUCGGAUACCCGCUGUGGCUGCCAGGCAGGCCGGCUUGUCUGCUCCACCGAGCCAUGCAGGGAAAAUUCGCCUUUGUCUUGCCUCUCCUGUUCAGAUUGCACUGCUCCCCCAACUCUCGGGGUUUUGGCAGAAUCUGUCCCGACGCCUACACAACAGCCUGUGCCUGGAAGUGGAGUAGGUGUAGUUUGGGUCCAGGUGCUUCUGGGGACCUCAUUCCUGCUUGGGGCCACCCUGAUCUGUUCAUAUUGCCGACGCCAGCCUUGCAAGCCUGUGGUUCCUGCAGAAGACACAACGGAGAUGGAGACCCUGACCUCACCACAGACUACCCAUCUAUCAGCCUCAGACAGUGCCCACACCCUCCUGGCACCCCAAGGCAAUACUGGAAAAGUCUGCACCACUGUCCAGUUGGUAGGCAACAGCUGGACCCCUGGUUUAUCCCAGACUCAGGAGGUGGCCUGCAACCAGGUUCCACGGCCCUGGAAUCAGUCGCCAAACAGAACUCUUGGCCUUCCUCUGGCACCUCCGCUCUCGCCAGCGCCCCCCGCAGGCUCGCCAGCCGCUAUGCUCCAGCCUGGCCCGCAGCUCUAUGAUGUGAUGGAUGCGGUCCCAGCACGACGGUGGAAGGAGUUUGUACGCACACUGGGGCUGCGGGAGGCAGAAAUUGAGGCUGUGGAGGUGGAGAUCUGCCGCUUCCGAGACCAACAGUAUGAGAUGCUCAAGCGCUGGCGCCAGCAGCAACCUGCAGGCCUGGGUGCCAUCUAUGCGGCCUUGGAGCGCAUGGGGUUGGAAGGCUGUGCCGAGGACCUGCGCAGCCGCUUGCAGCACGGCCCGUGAUGUGAGGCCCACUAGUCACGUUGUCAUUCUAGUGACCCUCGCAGGAGCCUUAAGUAUUGUUACUUAUGUGUGUAGACAUUUAAUGUCAUUUACUACCCCCCAGCACGGUCCUGCGUAGCAGCACCGGCUGGCCUCGCCCCUGCUUACCUGCCCUAUGGAGCUCCAGUUAAGGGAAGCGAAGCGUCUUGGAGAAAUAUCAAGAGGGGCCAAAUGAUCAGUUGCAGAACUGUUUAUCAACCUGAGUUUGGAGUUGGUAUUAAAUAUCUUAAAUAGU